UUUCUAUCUCUCUCUCGCUGCUGCAACUGCAAGGGAAGGUAAAGCAGCGGCCGAGGCGUCUCUUUCUUCGCCUCCUCAUUAACCGCUGUCUCUUGCUCGUUCAUGCUUCGAUUUCUUCGAAUUUUCUUCUCCAUUUCGGUUCGGAGAGAGAGAUGCUUUGAAUCUGGGUGGAGUUUAACGGGUUGAUCGAAGUCUGGUGGGGAAUGCGCGACGCACCUGCCGGCGACUAGGGCUUUCUCUUGCAGAAGGUGGCAACGGAGGCGCAUGUAAAAUGCGGCGGGUUGUCGAUGAUGAUGCAGUCGCGAGUACGGCGGCGGAGGACCUUGCAGAGAAGUCCCUUGUGCAAGCGAGGGGCAGAUCUCAGGGUGGAGGUGGCGGAAGACGAGUGACCCCCACGCUUGAUCACGAUGAAGACGAGGAGGAUUUGGUCGGGAAGAAGCUGCUGCCGAACGGGGAUCUUUAUUCUGGCGGAUUCGCUGGGAACGCUCCUCACGGGCGUGGGAAGUACCUGUGGGCGGACGGGUGUAUGUACGAAGGGGAGUGGCGUAGGGGGAAGGCCUCCGGGAAGGGGAGGUUCUCUUGGCCUUCCGGCGCUACCUACGAGGGCGAGUUUCGGUCCGGAAGGAUGGAGGGAUUCGGCACGUUCAUCGGCGCUGACGGUCAUACCUACCAUGGUCAGUGGGUGGCUGACCGCAAGCAAGGCUUUGGCAGCAAGUCCUACGUUAACGGAGACUACUACGAGGGCCUGUGGCGGCGCAACGUCCAGGAGGGUCACGGCCGCUACGUUUGGCGGAACGGCAACCAGUACGUGGGCGAGUGGCGUGGAGGUGUCAUAAACGGCCGAGGUGUCCUCGUAUGGACCAACGGGAACCGCUAUGAUGGCCAGUGGGAGAACGGCGUCCCAAAGGGGAGUAGCGUGUUUACCUGGCCCGACGGUAGCUGCUACAUCGGCAGCUGGAGCCGCAGCGAUCCCAAGGCCCUCGACGGCACAUACUACCCCGCCACCGCCACUCCCCGGAAAGAGAUCGCCGCUGGUAGGAGAAGCACCUCCCCCUUUUUUCAACUGGACGAUGGAUCGCCGCUGGUCCCUUCGUCCAGGAAGCGGUUGUCUGUAGAUGUAGCCCAUCGAUCGCCUGGACGGGUCAGCUCCGUGACUGAAAAGAGCUUCCCCAGGAUCUGCAUCUGGGAAUCGGACGGCGAGGCUGGGGAUAUCACUUGCGACAUCAUCGACAAUCUCGAGGCGUCGAUGCUGUACAAGGAAAGAUCAUUGCACGAGGAGCAUGUUAGUGGAACGCGCAUAGGUACCAUUCAACGGCGACAGCCCUUCUUAACUUCGGAGGUAAAGAAGCCAGGGCAGACAAUAUCGAAGGGGCACAAGAAUUACGACCUAAUGAUGAACCUUCAAUUAGGCAUUAGGUACUCAAUCGGGAAGCCUGGUUCCGCGCACCUGAGGGAGCUAAAGCAGGAAGAUUUUGAUCCAAUGGAGAAAUUCUGGACGAGGUUCCCUCCUGAAGGAUCAAAGAAUACUCCUCCGCACCAGUCACCAGAGUUCCGAUGGAAGGAUUACUGCCCCAUGGUCUUCAGGCACCUGAGGAAAUUGUUUUCAGUGGAUCCAGCAGAUUAUAUGUUAGCUAUCUGUGGAAAUGAUGCACUGAGGGAGUUCUCUUCGCCUGGGAAGAGCGGGAGCUUUUUUUUCAUGACCCAGGAUGACCGUUUCAUGAUUAAGACGGUAAAAAAAUCUGAAGUGAAGGUACUCAUUAGAAUGUUAGCCAGUUAUUAUCUGCAUGUAUGUGAGUAUGAGAAGACUCUAGUGACAAAGUUCUAUGGAGUCCAUUGUGUAAAGCCUAAUGGUGGUCAAAAGGUCCGGUUUGUUGUUAUGGGUAAUUUGUUCUGCUCUGAAUAUCAAAUACAUAGGAGGUUCGACUUGAAAGGUUCAUCCUAUGGCCGUACAACCGAGAAGACUGAGGAAGAGAUUGAUGAGACAACUACGCUCAAAGAUCUUGACCUAAAUUUAGUAUUUCUCCUUCAAAAUUCGUGGUACAAAGAGCUCCGUGAACAAAUCAAACAAGACUGUGAGUUCUUAGAAUCAGAGGGGAUCAUGGAUUACAGCUUCCUUGUAGGAGUACACUUCCUGUCACCGCUUCGUGCUUCACCUCAGUCGUCUAAGAAGGAAUCGUUUCAACACAGAGAUACCUGGUCUGACCAAUGCAACUCAACUUUCAAAUGUCAAGAUACGGAUCAAAUUUCGGGUACACGGAAACCGUUGGUCCGGCUUGGUGCUAACAUGCCUGCGCGAGCAGAGCACGCCACAAGAAACGGAUUGGUUUCAUUUAUCCCAGCAAGUAGCGGGAUGUCGACGCCUACAGCAAGCGGCGAGCUCUAUGAUGUGCUUCUCUACUUUGGCAUAAUCGAUAUCCUUCAGGACUACGACAUUACCAAGAAACUGGAGCACGCCUACAAAUCGUUGCAGGUCGAUCCCAAUUCUAUCUCCGCGGUGGACCCGAAACUCUACUCUCGGAGGUUUCGAGAUUUUAUCAGUAAAAUAUUCAUCCAAGACGAUUAACUUCUACGGUUGCUAUCGUCGGUGGUAGGGGCUGAAUUUUGAAGCUCAGCCAAGGGCAGAUUUGCAAAUGUAAAUUGGGGCAAACCAGUAAAAGGAGAGUUGAAUUCCUUUUUUUUUUCUUUGUUUUUUGUUUUUUCACCUUUCCUUGUUGGAGAGGAGGGAAUAGUAAAUUGUUUUUACAUCCUGAAAAGAAGGAAAUGUUAAGGAAGCUUUUGUUAGGGGCAUGGAAUCAUGCAUGUGUACAGAUGGAUAGUGAUGAUGAAUGUGUGCAACAAAGAAAAAUUUAGAUG